UCACUGAAAUCGGAGGAGGAAUGGCGAGUACAAGUACAACCCAUAAUUUUUAUUCCCCGGGAGUUUCAAGUUCGUGUCAGAACUGUACCAAGACAUUAUUGUCAACUUAUUCAGUUUUUUUUAACAAUUAAGGGACGUCAAGUGAGCAUCAUACAAUACUUUUAAAGCUUGGAAAAUCGUGUCGGUUUCACAGUCAUGUUAGUCCAAAUUCUAAUGAAUGUAAACCGGGUUAAACCAGUGGAAUCCACAAAUUGACACGCUUGAAAUACGACGAACAGAGAAAUAAUACAAGCACAACUGAUUAUUUUGCCUACACUUCUUCUGACCAAAUUUACCUUAAGCAAUUAAGGUUUGCGCAUUCCCAUGUGACCGUUUGCUUCGCAGCUUGAAAAUGUCCAAGUUUGUAAGCUCUUGAGACAUCCUAGGACAAGUGAAAAUUUAUUCAUGGCUUCCCUACAUCAGCAUCAUGCUGAUAAAAAUGAAAUUUGAACCACGACGAAGAAGUUGCGCAGAUGAUCCAGCAGUUUUCUACAAGGAGAAAGGUGACAGGUCAAUGAUGUCAGUUGGCAACACUGCAGUUGAAAGUCAGCAUAUCAUAGUGCUGAAGUGAUCUAACAGCUUGUCAGACUUACUUGUAUGAUUCUUGUGCUAUCUACUUUUGCAUCACUACAAUUUACGCAGUUAUGAUAUGAUUGUCCAAAAAAAAAAAACGUGCAAAAGCACCAUUCCCUAGUCAAAGUCUGUCACAGACAGGCAAAUGUUUGCCUAAAAUUCACUCAGAAAUACAGGCCUCCUCUGCCAGUGCAGCUAUGUCCAAAAUUGAAGGAGAGAGUAGAGAUUCAAGAACAGUUGUUGAAAGAGUAAAAACCUGUUCUGAAACUAGAACAAUUUGUACUGAAAGCACAUCUUUGAAUGAAAGCUCAGAGCGUCAGCAAACCGCGCCAACAGUUGUGUUAGCUUCUCCGUCUGAUAAUGGGGCGCAGGAGUUUGUUCUUGUGCGCUGGAUGCACCCAAAGAUGUCAGUGCCUCUGCUUGUGUUAGCUGGGGACUCAGAUAAAGCUGGUGUGGAGGGAAGAGGGGCACUGACUGACCAGCUGACGCUGAAUGGGGCACGUUCACAGAUUGAUGGACAUGCGAUGACCAGUAGCACAGCUAGCUUUAUUAGCCUGCAGCAAUGUCCUUCCCAGCAGCCCAGGCUUGUUAAGUCAUCUGGCAAGCACAGGAACAAGGUUGAGAUGGAUGGUCAGUCGGCCAAUAAAAUGGUCACUGUGAAGAAUGGAGGAAAAUAUCCCAGAGGUGCUAAGGAAAAGCAUCCAACAGAGAAGUUGUUUAUCUGUGAAGUGGAGGGAUGUGGACGGUCUUUCUCCUCCAUGGGUUACCUGAGGUACCAUCAAGCUGUCCAUGAAGGCAAGAAGUCACUGAAAUGCACGUAUGAAGGCUGUGAUAGGAAGUUCUCAUGGCCAGCACAUUUGAAAUAUCAUUUGCUAACUCACACAGGUGAUCGCCGGUUCAAAUGUUCUGUGGCUGAUUGUGGGAAAACCUUCUACACCCCGCAAAGGUUGGCAGUGCAUCAGAGGACUCACACUGGGGAGAAGCCAUUCGUCUGUGGAGAGCCUGGCUGUGAUAAGUCCUUCACCACAGCCGGGAACCUGAAAAACCACCGGAGGAUUCACACAGGGGAACGACCAUAUUCCUGUACAUAUCAGAAUUGUGGAAGAGAGUUUGCGGAGUAUUCCAGUCUGAAAAAGCACAAACUCACUCAUACAGGCGAGAAGCCGUACUCUUGUGACAUCUGUGGCAGGACAUUCUCUCAGGUUGCCAGUCAGAAAGUCCACAUGAGAGGACACUUGAAAAUCAGGUCAAACAAGAAAGACAAGCGGCAGAAGGCUGACGAAACGACCAAACAAAAUGUUGUCAUGCUGCGACAGGAGGAUAUUUUACAAUACCAAGACUUCCAGGGUUCUGAGUCAGUGGUAUUUUCACAGGCAGUUGGUGACCAUGUUGUAACCGUGACGACACAGCCUGCAGAAGGGGAGCCAGAUCAGCUAGGGUUGCAGCCCCCAGAAAUCCUAGGAGUGGAAGAAGUGCUCACGAGUGAAGAGUGUAUACAGGGGGAUGCUCUGUGUGGCAGUAACACGAUGGGGGCCAAUGUAGUUGUGUUGUCCCAGCCUCAGGAGAUUGUAUCCAUGUCCUCCAGGUUCACAUCUGGAGACCGCACAACUCGAGAAGAGGUUGUUUACGAUGGAGAUUUGUUACACUCUGAAUUGGAUCACGAGGAGAUUGCCCGCAAUAUCAACGAGCCGGACUUGUCAGAAGAGCAGGCUAUCUCUCAUCAUUCUCCUGUUGGGGGAACAGACCGUGAGGUCGGCAUGGACCCAAUGAUGGAGACUGAUGAUGAUGACAGUGAAACAGAAGUGUGGGUGGAAAAUGAUUAG